AUGCCAACUUAUCUAUGCCACGGGUUUCGGUGGCAUCGCCGCGACAUCCGGAUUUUUGUCAUCCUCCACGACCUUGAAGACGCUGCACCGAACUGGGUUCUUGCACCUGCGUCGUCUUAUUGCAUCCUCGACCAGCUGCACGCCAAAUACGACUUCUUACCUGAGCUCUCACCACCAACGACGCCCACGCAAAAGAGCGUCAGCGCCAAGAAUGCCAACAUCAAAAAGCAAUUCGACCAUGUUGACGACGACCAUGCUCUCCCGACAUCGCGUGUAUCCGAUGCCGAAGAUGCCGUUCUUAUGCACUCAUGGUCACCGGUCAAAUUGCUGGAGGAAUUCGAUGUAGACGAAAUGGUGACGGCAUGCAGACCAUAUGCUUAUGUGGCUGAUUAUGUGGUACGAGUCGACCUCAGUGUGGACGUGGCAGGUCAGAUGGCCAAGUACUAUGACAGAAUGGCUGGCGAAGAUGGGUGGAUCAUAAAAUUAAGGAAUGAAUUGCAAAAGGGCGAAUCCGUGCGGUGGUACGUCGUGGUCUGCGGUGAUGAUGUGAGGGAAGUCCCUGGUAAGAGUGACGAGGAAGAAAAAGAGGUUGGCUAUGAGCAGAUAAGGGACGCAGCACAAACUAUGGUGCGCAACCGACGAACAAAAGACGCUUUGGAGGGGCUUUCUGAUUCACCAUCCGAGUAUGACGGCGACAACGACCGAGAGGAAGAUGGAGAAGAUGCUCUCACCGUCCUAGAUGGCAUUUUAGGCGGACCAGAUGGUGCUGCAACGCCCAGGCCACUUUCGAGGACAUUGCCAGAUAUUGAUAUCCCGCUCCAGUCUCAACUCGACCCCAGUCGGGCUUCAGUUUUGACAAUAUCAACAGUCUGGUCUCAGGAUGAGUCACCUAACGGAACAGCAAGGCAGGAAACACCGGAUAUUGAUGCACCUCUCCAGCCUCAUGAGCUCGAUAAGAAGAGGAAAUCCGUGUCUACGGCAUCUUCAGCAUGGUCUCGAAAAGAUUCUCUGGAUAAUGCACUAGCACUGGAAACGCCAGAUGUUGAGAUACCGCUUCUUCACCCCGAUAAUGCACGAUAUUCGGUUUCGACGGCAUCGGAGAUAUAUUCUGCAUACAGGCAAUCUAGAAUUGAACCAGAAGAGUUUGACGACAUACAUUCAUCAGUGCAGGAUCCCAUACGCGGAGAGAUACCGAAUAUCGUCAACGCCUCCGACGCCCAAACCUCUGCAACGGCAGCGGCCAGUCCCAACGAUCUACAGGCCUGA